UAGAAUGUGAUAGGCUUAUACUGUUUGUAUGUUCUCUUUUAUAUCUGAUGAAGUCAGGAGCUUUCACCCCCUGAAACGUGUCACAAGGACUUUUAUUAUCCUAUAUAUUCAGUAAAUAGACCUUGGAGCUCUAGAACAUCUGGAGGACUCGUGGUGGAGCACUCAGGACCUAUCAGUGGGAGAAUCCUCUCCAAUAUCGAUGGUGAUAAGUGAUCCAGAAAGGUGGAAAGUCGAUUUAAAGUAGAAUACAGGACUUCCACUUAUAAAGUUUUCUUUAUAUAACAAUGCUGCUUUCCAUCAAUGACCCCCCGAGGAUGGACGAGGACAGAGACCUCAUGGCUGCGAGGAUAUUAGACCUCAGCCUGGAGAUCAUCUACUUGAUAACUGGAGAGGAUUACACAGUAGUGAAGAAGUCGUCUGGUGAGUGUGUGACACCCCAUGUGUCAGGAGAAUGGAGCAGGACCCCGGGAGCCAUCACCGAGCCUCCACCUCAUUCACUGAUACAUGAGCAGAAGAUCCUAGAACUUACCACCAGGAUCACUGAGCUGCUGACCGGAGAGGUUCCUAUAAGGUGUCAGGAUGUCACUGUCUAUUUCUCCAUGGAGGAGUGGGAGUAUUUAGAAGGACACAAGGAUCUGUACAAGGACGUUAUGAAGAAGGAUCACCAGCCCCUCACAUCACCAGAUGGAACCAGUAGGAGAAAUCCACUAGAGAGAUGUCCCAGUCCUCUAUAUUCCCAGGAUUGGUCAGAGGAAAAGCCUAUUAUCCCACUGGAUCAUCCGUUUCCACAUGUCCCUAAUAUGGGACCCUUGCAGGGAAGCUAUGAUGGAACGAUUAGUGGACCUGAAGACCCCACAUCAGAGUCAGUGGAUGAUGUUCCAAACAUUCUGAAGGGGCGUGGAGAAAAUAACUUCACCCCAGUACCCUACAGUGAAGUCCUUGAACUUCCAGCAGAGGGUGAAGACAGAAUGAGAGGCUCCGACUCAAAUCACCUUUUAUCUUCCUCUUCUAUUGUAGAAGAUAAUCCAUCUUCUAUUGGCAAAACUAGAACUAUACAUAGAUUGGGUAAACUUUUGGCAUGUUCUGAAUGUGGGCAGCGAUUUAAAAAGAAAUGUAAUCUUUCCAUACAUGAGAGAAUUCACAAAGGUGAAAGGCCAUUUACAUGUUCAGAAUGUGGAAAAGGUUUUUGUCGGAAAUCAGUACUUGUGAGACAUCAGAGUAGUCACACAGGAGAGAAGCCAUUUUCAUGUUCAGAAUGUGGGAGAUGUUUUAACCAGAAACCAGAACUCGUGAGACAUAAGAGAACUCACACAGGAGAGAAACCUUUUCCAUGCCCUGAAUGCGGGAAGUGCUUCAGUCGGAAUUCAAUUCUUGUAAAACAUCUGAGAACUCAUACAGGAGAGAAACCACAUUCAUGUUCAGAAUGCGGGAAAUCUUUUAACCAGAAAUCAGAUCUUGAAAAACAUCAAAGAGUUCACACAGGGGAGAAGCCAUAUUUAUGUUCAGAGUGUGGGAAAUGUUUUAACCAGAAAUCAGAUCUUGUGAAACAUCAAAGAAUUCACACAGGAGUGAAGCCAUAUCCAUGUUCAGAAUGUGGGAAAUGUUUUAGCUAUAAAUCAGAUCUUGGGAUUCAUCUAAGAAUUCACACAGGAGAGAAGCCAUAUUCAUGUCCAGAAUGUGGGAAAUGUUUUAACCAUAAAUCACAACUAGUGGUACAUUUAAAAAAUCACACAGGAGAGAAGCCAAACUCAUGUACAAUAUGUGGGAAACGUUUUCCCAAGGUAUCUCAACUUGAGGAACAUCAAAGAAAUCACACAAUAAACUAUUUUCAGGUGCAGAAUAUGGAUUCUGUUUUAGUCACAAAUCAAAUCUUUUGGAACAUCUAAAAAUUCACACAAUGUGCAACCACUUUCAUGUGCAGUGUGUGGGCAGCGUUUUGGCCAGAAAUUGGUUCUUUUCUCACAUCAGAUAAGUCACUAAGGUGAGAAUUCAUUGUAGUGUUCAGAUUUAUGAAAAGUGGAAGUUGUGAGCUCAAUAUCAGUGUGUAGGACAUGAGAAUGCCUUGUGACGUCCAACUAUAAGGUGCU